AAACCGAAACCGUGAAUGGACGUCCAUGCCCGGAAAGGAGGGGACGAUGCCGGAGUGGGGCUCCACCGGUGGAAGGGAGUAUAUAAGCCCCGGGACGUCGAGAGAAGGGAUCAGUCGUCACAACGCGAUCAGUUCUCUCAGUGUGAUAAAUAUAAAAUAAUGAAGUCGCAGUGCAGUGUAAGUGGACGAGUGUCGAAGAGGGACCUGGAAAACGAGGAGAUCCAGGUGUACCUCUCAAAGCUCAAAGAGCUUGUACCAUUCAUGCCCAAGAACAGGAAACUAUCCAAGCUGGAAGUCAUACAAUACGUCAUCGACUACAUCUGCGACCUCCAGGACGCACUGGAAGGUCCCGGACUUCAAGCCGUCAUCAGAGGAUCACCUGGACAUUCUCCGAUCAGGCAGCCUCUCGGUGUUUUAGCACCGAACACCCUCGUCACCCCGACCUCAUGCUCAACGCAAGAAGCCACCUCCGUUCCCGCCUUCAUUGAGAAACCGUCCCCACCGGAUACAAGACCAGUAUCAGUCUAAAAACGUUUUAACUUUUACCUCGAGGUGUUAUCCCUCUUUUCGUCUGUGAUUAUUUUUUUUCCCCUUGAAGAAAAUCUUGUCUUGUUCAAAGAAAGAGAGAAAAAGAGAGAAAAAACAAAACAAAAAGACUUUUCUUUUGAUAUAAUAUAUAAAUAAAUUUAGCAAAGAGGAAAAAUACUUAUAUAUGUAUAAAAGAAAAUGCUUAAAAAAUAAGAAAAAUAUUGUAAAUUAUGUAAAUUUUAUAUAACCGACUAAUAUAUUAUUGUGACCCCCACCAGAGAAACCCAAGUCGCACUGGUGUAAAUUUUUUUCCUUUCUGUGGAUAGGCUUUUGUAAAUGUCUCCCCUCUGUUCUUUUGCAUAUAAUUUUUUGAAUAUUUAUAAGGGAAUUUGAAUUGUGUACAUAGGAAAUUAUUAUUGUGAGACGGUUAAGAAAAGAAAAAAAAUUAAAAGAGAAAAAAAACAU